AUGGCUUCGGCUCGUCGCAUCGCCAUCAUCCAGUGGCAUAUUAAAGAGCUAGCAAUUGACGAUAAUCAUGCUCAGGCGUGCAAUUAUAUUCGAAAGGCAGCUGCAGAUGGAGCAGAGCUUGCAGUUCUUCCAGAAUACCAUCUGAGCGGCUGGGUCCCCAAUGACCCUCACUGGGCCAUCCAAGCCGGUGAUUCCGCCAAGUACCUAGCAAACUAUCAAGCCCUUGCCAAGGAGCUGGAUAUAUGUCUGGUACCGGGAACCAUCAUUGAAAAGCAGAUGGGGCCUGGUGAAUCCACCCUCUUUUACAACACCGCGUACUUUAUUUCCAACAAUGGUACCAUCUUAGGUUCCUACCGCAAGAAGAACAUCUGGCAUCCGGAGCGCCCACACCUCACAUCAUCUGGCCUGGAACGCCACUCCGCCAUUGACACACCUAUUGGCCGGGUCGGUAUGCUGAUAUGCUGGGAUCUUGCCUUCCCAGAGGCCUUCCGCGAGCUGAUUGCUGACGGCGCCGAUAUUAUCAUUAUACCCACUUUCUGGACACCCCAUGAUGCAUCUCCCGAGGCACUCCACCAUAAUCCAGAGUCGGAAGCGCUUUUCCUCAACUCCACUAUUACCUCCAGAUGCUUCGAAAACACGUGCGGCAUCAUCUUCGUCAAUGCUGCAGGUCCCAAGGAUGAAUAUCUGGGUAUGUCACAGGUCACACUUCCUAUUGUUGGACCCGUGGCCAAGAUGGGUACGGAGGAAGGUGUGCAAGUAGUUGAUAUGAAUCUGUCAUUACUCGAGGUUGCAGAGAAGAACUACAAAGUGCGUCAGGAUAUUGGGAAACAGGAUUGGCAUUAUGUCUAUCGACAUUCUUCAUCACAAUAA